AUGAAUUAUUACCACCAGACGAAGAUUAUUAUACAAGUACUCGGCGCAGGGCAAACGGUGGGGAGGUCUUGUGUUAUCGUCGAGCUAGAAAAUAGAAAAGUCAUGUUUGAUUGUGGUUGCCAUUUGGGCUAUAAGGAUGAAAGAAAAUAUCCGAAUUUUAAUUUAUUGAUAAGGGGCCCAGAUAAAAUUAAUCACUGUCAAAAAGAAGAGUUUAUAGAUGAUGAAAUUGAAGAGAAUAUAGAAGAUGAUGAAAUUGAAGAGAAUGUAAAUGAUCAACAUAUAAAUGAUGAUAAUAUAAAUAAUAUAAAUGAUGAUUAUAAAGAUAAGUCAGACCAGAAAAGAAAUAAUAGAGAUAUAGAAAAAGUAGAAGUAAAAGUAGAAGAAAAUGUCGAAGAACCAAACUUUUAUGAUAAUUCCAAUGCGGAUGUAGUAAAUAUAAGUAUAGUAAAUAGUAGCAUAACCGAUAAAGAGAAAUUAAUAAAUAAUUUAAAAAGGAUAAAUGAAAUAAUAGAUUGUGUGAUUAUAAGUCAUUUUCAUAUGGAUCAUAUAGGUGCAUUACCAUUUUUUACAGAAAUAUUAAAAUAUCGAGGAAUAAUACUUAUGAGUUAUCCUACGAAAGCCUUAAGUCCCAUCCUAUUAUUAGAUAGUUGUCGUGUAACUGAUAUGAAAUGGGAGAAAAAAAAUUUUGAAAGACAAAUAAAAAUGUUAAAUGAAAAAUCAGAUGAAUUAUUAAAUUAUAAUAUUAAUUGUAUAAAAAAAGAUCCAUGGAAUAUUAAUGAAGAUAAUAUAUAUAAUUGUAUUGAUAAAGUUAUUGGAUUACAAAUAAAUGAAACAUUUGAAUUAGGUGAUAUGUCCAUAACACCAUAUUAUGCAGGACAUGUUUUAGGAGCAUGUAUAUAUAAAAUUGAAGUAAGAAAUUUUAGUGUAAUAUAUACAGGUGAUUAUAAUACUAUACCAGAUAAACAUUUAGGUAGUGCUAAUAUACCAUCAUUAAAUCCUGAAAUAUUCAUAUCUGAAUCAACUUAUGCAACUUAUGUAAGACCAACUAAAAAAGCUUCAGAAUUAGAAUUGUGUAAUUUAGUUCACGAAUGUGUACAUAAAGGAGGAAAAGUUCUUAUUCCUGUUUUUGCAAUAGGAAGAGCACAAGAAUUAUCUAUUUUAUUAGAUGAUUAUUGGAAAAAAAUGAAAAUACAUUAUCCUAUAUAUUUUGGUUGUGGACUUACAGAAAAUGCAAAUAAAUAUUAUAAGAUUUAUUCUUCAUGGAUUAAUAGUAGUUGUAUGUCCAAUGAAAAAGAAAAUCUCUUUGAUUUUGCAAACAUAUCUCCAUUUUUAAAUAAUUAUUUAAAUGAAAAAAGACCUAUGGUUUUAUUUGCAACACCCGGAAUGUUACAUACCGGACUUUCUCUUAAAGCAUUUAAAGCAUGGGCAGGAAAUCCACAAAAUUUAAUCGUUUUACCAGGUUAUUGUGUACAAGGUACUGUUGGUCAUAAAUUAAUUAUGGGAGAAAAACAAAUAUCCUUAGAUGGUACUACAUAUAUUAAAGUCUUAUGUAAAAUUAUUUAUUUAUCAUUCUCUGCACACGCUGAUUCUAAUGGUAUUCAACAACUUAUUAAACAUGUGUCUCCAAAAAAUGUUAUAUUUGUUCAUGGUGAAAAAAACGGAAUGCAAAAAUUAGCAAAAUAUAUUUCAAAUAAACACAUGAUUAAUUCUAUGUGCCCAUCUUUAGGACAACAAUGUCAUUUCGAUUUUAUAAAACAUAAUAUUAAUUAUAUAUAUAUCCAUAAAAAUAUUCAUAAACAUAUAUUACAACUAAAAAAAAAAAUCACCAAAAAUAAACACAUAAACACUACAAACAUACAAAAAACGGAUCUUUAUAUAAAUGAAAAUAAGAAAAAAAAAAAUAAAAAAAUAAAAAAAGAAUGUACAUAUGUAAAUAAAAAAAUUAAAGUUCCAUUUAAUGCAUAUAUGUUUUAUAUACCCCUAACUCAUAAACCUUAUAUUUUCCUAUUUUCAAAAAAAAAUUUAUUACAAUAUUUAAAAACAAAACAUAUACCAAUCAUAAUUGAACAUAAAGAACAAAAAAUUAAUUCAGAUCAAUUGUUUUUAUAUAAAAAUGAAAAAAUAAGUAAUUAUCAUAAAAAAGAUAAAAAAAAAAAGGCUAUCGAUGAACACAAACUUAAAGUUCGUAAUAAAUUAAUUCAAAAAAAAAUUAAUAUACAAACAAAUUGUGAUAAUAAUAAAAAUAAUAAAAAUAAAUGCUUUAAUAAUUAUUUGAAUCAUUCAUAUGUAUCAUCAAAAGAUGCUAAUAUGUCAAAUGUAAUCGAUCAUCCAUAUAUAGAUGAACAUUUUGUAGGAGAAAACAAAAAUGAACAUAUAAUAACUAAUAUAAAUGAUCUAAUAAAUAAAAAUAAUUCAAAUUGUUAUCUCACAAAUCAAAACGUGUAUUCUUCACCUAACUUAACAAUUCAGUCUCCAAAAAGUGACGAUGAUGAGAUUAGCCCCAUUAGUAAUAAUGAUAAUGAAGAAAGUGAUAUGUCACAAAAAAAAAAACAACCUUUAAUAAAAAAAAAUAACAUUCAUAGUGAUGACAAAUACAAGAAUGAACAUAUGAACGAAAAUCAAAUAAAUAAUAAUAAUAAUAAUAAUAUCUAUGAACAAGAUGUACUUGAAAAUGAUAGCUCAUCCAAUGAUGAACAAAAACCUUUUAAUUUUGUUCUGAAAAAAGAUAAAGUUAAUCUACCUUUACUUAAUUUAAGAUUUAAAGAAAUUAUUACCAUUGCAUAUCAAACUUUUUAUAAUUUUGUUCUUACCUUUUUUCAAGAAAUUGUUAAUACAGAAAAUAAAGAUAAAAUCGAUUUUCUAGGUAAACGAGUUCUUAUUAAAAAUGUUAAAUAUAACGAUUCGUAUUUUUUUUAUUUAUCCUUCCAUUCUUUAAGAGCUAUCCAUGAUGGACAAAAUAAUUUGAUCAUGCAAUGGUCCUAUGUUGAUGACUACCCAAAUUCAAUUAUUCAAAAAUUUAUAAAAUGUCUACAUAAAUAUAAUCAAAUGGAAUAA